CCCGAUCUGCCAUUCCGUCUGCUGAAGGCCAUCGCGCUUGAGCGGGGUGACCAAGCAACAUGGUACAUGCCUGGUAAUCUCACACCGGCAGGUUAUUCGGAUUGGCCCUUUGCGCCGGAAAAUGGCCAGGAACAGAUAAGCAAAUUCUGGCAUGGGUCUGUAAGAAAUCCGCUCGCCUGCGGACGGAGAAGUAGGGUGAAUCCGGCAGGAUAUGGCGAGACCAUAAUCCGUUCUCGAAUUUCAGAAGUAUUGAUGCUAGUAGCGCCUGCAGCGGCUGCGUGA